AAUCACAUCACUGUAUCCUGUCACACAAUUCCAAUUUGUAAAAAUGGGUAUUAAAGGCUACGGUGUUUGGAGGGCAAAGCCUAUCCGAUAUACCUUUGAGGAUAGAUCAAUUGAUCCACAUACACCACAUCUCUCUCUCUACUUCAAAGACAACAAGGGUGGAGACGGCCGCGCUGCUGUCAACAUCAAGUCGGGGAAUCGCAAAGAGUCCCGUCUCGCCUACUGGGCAGUUUCUGACUUCACCCACGAUAUUACGAGGAAGUUAGCCAGUCUGAACAAUGGCUUCCAUCUCCUCUCCGACUCAUCUAAGCAGAAGCUCGAUGGACUUGCACUGGACUACAUCCGCAGCAACCUCUUCAGUCGCGACAAUGGUAGAGUCCUGGAGCAUGACAUUGAUGGCGCAGACAACGACAUCCUCGAUCAGUUGAGGCCAAUUGUCGACAGGGCCAUCGCAGCUGAGGCUAUAGUUUAUAUAUAUGGGUCUCGAUUCAGUGAUGGCAAGGGUAUACAUAACAUACACAUGAACCAGGGUAAUUCAGGACGCUGGGAAAAAGACAAUGGUGUAUUCCAAGAUGGCGCUCUAAUCUUUGAGUUCGAAGACCAUUGGGAGGCUGUUUUCAUUGGCUUUGCCUCCCAGGCUGUCCACACUCGAGAUGGCCCCGAACGCGCUGGCUAUCCAUUGCCCGACGAAGGCUUUUUGACAUGGGCGACCUUUCUUGCACCUGAGCGCCCAGAUACGGACAAAAAGGAUGAUGACGUUGCAGACUCGCCCGUGUUCAUCACCGAGGCUCUUGUCAACCCACCUGGUCCAGACCAGCAGCCAGGAACCCCCCCAGAGACGAUUACCCUUAAGAACAGAACACAGAAUGAAAUCGACCUGGGUGGAUGGAAGAUUCGUAUCAAGACUGGGGCGACUCAGAUUCUACCUUCUGGGAUUCGUAUCGACCCCAAUGGCACCAUGAAGAUUGUAACGACUGUCCCACUUUCUAACCAAGGCGGUAUCAUCACUCUUCUCAAUGCACAAGGGCUGAAAGUACAUGGGGUCAGCUACACAAAGACUCAGGCAAAUGGCGCUAUAGUUUCUUUUUAACAGUUGUCGAGUUAGGUCAGUCGAAUAUUCCACUUUGAUUGCUAUUCUCUGUGUCAGUAGACUUAUUUGUCUUGGCCUCUUGAAAUUGCUAUAUCCGGAUGAUGGACAGAAUGUAAU